AGUAAGAAACAAGAAGUUCCUAAAGAAGAACAGGGACCAACAACAAAGAAUUUGGAUUUCUGGACACAGCUUAUUACUCUGAUGGUCACCAUCAUAGAUGAAGAUAAAACAGCAUAUACACCUGUCUUGAACCAGUUCCCUCAAGAGCUGAACAUGGGAAAAAUCAGUGCUGAAAUCAUGUGGACUCUGUUUGCCCAGGACAUGAAAUAUGCUCUGGAAGAACAUGAAAAGCAGCGGUUAUGCAAAAGCACAGAUUAUAUGAAUUUGCACUUCAAAGUGAAAUGGUUUUAUAAUGAAUAUGUGCGAGAACUCUCUGCUUUCAAGGAUGCAGUGCCUGAAUACUCUCUGUGGUUUGAACCAUUUGUUAUUCAGUGGCUGGAUGAAAAUGAGGAUGUCUCUAUGGAAUUUCUUCAUGGAGCACUAGAAAGAGACAAAAAAGAUGGGUUUCAGCAAACAUCAGAUCAUGCCCUCUUCUCUUGUUCUGUGGUCGAUGUCUUCACACAGCUCAAUCAAAGCUUUGAGAUUAUUAGGAAACUGGAGUGUCCUAAUCCAGAAGCACUAUCUCAUUUAAUGAGAAGAUUUGCAAAGACUAUCAACAAAGUGCUUCUUCAGUAUGCUGUAAUUAUUUCAAAUUACUUCAGCUCAUAUUGUGAUAAAGAAAAUGUGCCUUGCAUCUUGAUGAACAACAUUCAACAAUUAAGAGUCCAGCUUGAGAAAAUGUUUGAGUCCAUGGGAGGAAAGGAGUUGGAUCCUGAAGCUAGUAUUGUUCUAAAAGAACUUCAGGUGAAACUUAGCAAUGUUUUGGAUGAACUCAGCGUAACGUAUGCUACAAGUUUCCAAUUUAUUAUUGAAGAUUGUGUAAGACAAAUGAGCAAUGAACUGAAUCAGAUGAGAGGAAAUGGGAAUGCAGCAGCCAAUAAGAACAGCGCAGCUAUUGAUGCUGAGAUUGUGCUUCGGCCUCUCAUGGAUUUCCUGGACAAAACUUUAAGUGUCUCUGCAAAAAUCUGUGAGAAGACAGUUCUGAAACGGGUUUUAAAAGAGCUAUGGAAGUUAGUCUUGAACAGAAUAGAAAAGCAAAUUGUGCUUCCACCACUGACGGACCAAACCGGGCCCCAGAUGAUAUUCAGUGCAGCCAAAGAUCUUGGACAGCUGUCAAAGCUCAAGGACCAUGUGAUUCGAGAGGAAGCCAGAAGCCUGACCCUGAGGCAGUGUGCAAUAAUGGAAGUAGCGCUAGCUACUAUAAAG